AUAAUUUCUGAUCUGGUUGAUUUCUACGGAGCAGGUGAUUGCUGGGAAGAGAUUCGGAUGGAGAGCUUCUAGAAAAAGGGUCGCCUGAAGGCUCACAUUUGCUGGAAGCGGGUUGUACAAGCAUUGCUCGUGAGGUGGUUGGAUUGAUGUACACUGAACAUUUCGGCAGCAAAAUUUGAGUGCUGCUAGUAGCUGGACAGAGCAGCAGGAUCAGGGUGACACAAGCCAAUCUGCAUCUGCUUGGGCUUGUUGAUCUAUAAAGCCCAGCGCCGAUGGCGUCAGUAGCUGGCGGGCGAAUUACAGCGGGUGUUGGUGCCAAUCUCAUUGGCCAGCAUGCCCAGGAUAGGAAUCAGGAUGCAACCGUGUAUGUGGGCAACCUCGACGUGCAGCUGAGCGAGGAGCUUGUGUGGGAGCUCUUUGUGCAGUCUGGGCCUGUUGUCAAUGUCUACCUUCCAAAGGAUCGUGUGACCAGCCAGCACCAAGGCUAUGGCUUUGUGGAAUUCAAGAGCGAGGACGAUGCUGACUAUGCGAUCAAGAUCCUGAACAUGAUCAAGGUGUAUGGCAAACCAAUUCGAGUGAACAAGGCCAGCCAGGACAAGAAGACUCAGGAUGUUGGGGCCAACCUGUUCAUUGGAAACAUUGACCCCGAUGUCGAUGAAAAGCUGCUCUAUGAUACGUUCAGCGCCUUCGGCAUGAUCAUCCAGACACCAAAGAUCAUGCGCGACCCGGAGACCGGCGCGACUAAAGGCUUCGGCUUUGUGUCCUAUGACAGCUUUGAGGCGUCUGAUGCAGCCAUUGAAGCCAUGAAUGGCCAGUUUCUCUGCAACAGGCCCAUCACGGUAUCGUUUGCGUACAAGAAAGACACGAAGGGCGAGCGGCACGGCUCUGAAGCAGAGCGGCAGUUGGCGACACAGCAGCGCACAAAGGCAGCUGCUGCCAGCCGGCCGCACACGCUGUUUGCGUCCGGGCCCCGCCAGCGUCCAGACGGCGGCCUGGCUCCCUCAGACGACAAUGUGCCCGGACCGCCGCCGCCACCACCAGCUCCUGGCGCCCCUGGCAUGAUGUACCCAGGAGGCCCCCCGAUGCCAAUGCAGAUGCCGGGAUCAGGCCCCCCGCAGUGGGCGCCACCGCAGCAGCAGUAUGGUGGGCCGCCCAGGCCCCCUCCCUGGGCAGGGCAGCCGGGCGGACCCCCCCCUCCCUGGGGCCAGCCUGGCCCCCCAAUGGGCAUGCCGCCACCGCCGAUGGGCUACGCCCCCGGCCGGCCGCCGCCGCCCCCCGGCUACGGCAUGCCUCCCCCUGGCUGGCAGCCGCACAUGCCGCCACCCGCGCCGCAGGCCCCGCCGCAAUAGUUGUUGCUUUGAGCAAUGCCAGAGUUGGAGCUGCAUGCAACUCUAGCAAUGUCUUUCCAGCUAUGCCAGACAGUUUGUUGCAAGUAGUAUGCCCCAUCUUCAGAUUUCUUUUAUUGCAAGUGUGACUUUGCAUCUGAGUGCACAAUAGCAAUGAAAGACUUGGAAGUGUGUCAAGAGGCUUGGUUUUACUCAUGGAGCUUCUGGCUGCCCAAAGGUGGUCAUGCAUGGUGGAGCAGGUGCCAGGUGGAACCAGAUCGAUCUCC